GGCGGCCAUGGCGACGGGCAGCGGCGGAGCCGGGCCAGGUCCCGGUCCCGGUGCCGCUGCCAGCGGAGCCGGCGGCCGGCGGGGCCCGGGGCUGAUUUGGGCUGAAAAGAAGAGGCUGAACAAAGGGACAGAUGUGGUGGAGAAAAGAGGUCCAUACAUCAUGAGCAAACCUCCCUCCAUUCAGGCCAAGCUGAAGAGGCAGCGGGAGCUGGCAAAGGCAGCGCUGCGAAGGCAGGGGCUGCUGGGGGCACCCACUGCCCUGAAACCAACUCCUAAAAGGUCUGUGAAGUUCAACAAGGGCUACACGGCACUCAGCCAGACAGCUGAUGAAAACCUGGUCUCCCUUGACUCAGACAGUGACGGGGAGCCAGGAUCCAGGUGUUCCUCGGGAUACUCCUCCGCUGAGCAGGUGACCCAGGACCUGAGCCGGCAGCUGCUGCAGGAUGGGUACCACCUCGACGAGGUCCCCGAUGAUGAAGACCUGGAUCUCAUCCCCCCAAAACCUGCUGCCUCCUCUUCUUGCCCCUGUUGUUUUGGAGAAAAUCUCUCCUGUGUGAUCCAGUAGCUGCACAAGAACAGGUGAAAAUCCAGCACUUUCUUUGUCCCGUGAGAUGGCUGGUGCAUGUCCGGGUCCCACACCAGGACGGUGACACAAGGACUGAACGAUGCUGCUCAUGGCAGAGACCAGCUGACUCCAAAAGACUUCUCCUUACACUCAGCAAUAUCAGGGGGAGGCGGCACAGUGACAUUUCGGUGGCCUGCAUGGGACCUGGCACUUGGCUGGGGUGGGAAGGGAGGACAGGCAGGGCCUGGCACCUCCACAGGGGUAUAAAGGGAAGGAUCUGGGAGUUUCUGGGGUUGGAGCUAAUGGCUUAUUCCCAUUCUCCUCAACGCUGCUUUGAUGCAGGUGAGGCACAGCCCAGGCCCCUCGUCCCAGCUCUGCACAGGGCUUGGCUUUGGGGGGCUGGAGAGCCUCCCUGCUGCAAACCAUAAACGCUGCCUUAAACCAUGGUCCUGCUCUAUGGCAUAGAGGACAAUCAGCUUCUUACACAGAAACCUUAUUUAAAUAUUUCAUGUCAAGAGACAUGAACUGGUUGGGUGGGGGGCAUGUUUGUUUGUUUUUGUAUUUUACUUGUAAAAGGGAGCACUCAAUAAACUGGAUCUCAUUACUCA